GACCAUGGCCACCAACGGGACCAAAGCUUCGGACGGACACGUCUUAACGGAGACGGUGAACGACGCGCCCACCACCACGCCAAACGAUAAACCCAAAACCUUGGUGGUGAAAGUGCAGAAGACGAAAAAUGAGAUACCCGAGAGAGAGACGUGGGGUGGGAAAUUUGACUUUCUUCUAUCUUGUGUCGGAUACGCCAUUGGACUCGGAAAUGUCUGGAGAUUUCCUUAUUUAUGUGGAAAAAACGGAGGAGGGGCCUUCUUGAUUCCCUACUUUUUGACCCUUAUAUUUGCUGGCAUGCCCCUGUUCUUUCUGGAGACGGCGCUUGGUCAAUACACUUCUAUUGGAGGGCUGGGAGUGUGGAAGCUGGCCCCCAUGUUCAAAGGUGUGGGUCUGGCUGCUGCUGUUCUGUCCUUCUGGCUAAAUAUCUAUUACAUUGUAAUCAUUUCCUGGGCUAUUUACUAUCUGUACAACUCCUUCACAACUGACCUGCCAUGGCAGAGUUGUGGCAAUCCCUGGAACACAGACCGCUGCUACACUAACUACAGCAUCGCAGACACCAGAAACCUCACCAGCGCAGUGGUGGAGUUCUGGGAACGUAACGUGCACCAGCUGACCGAUGGCCUGGAGAAGCCCGGGGAGGUCAGGAUCCCGCUGGCUAUUACACUCGCCAUUGCAUGGGUGCUCGUCUAUUUCUGCAUCUGGAAGGGGGUCAGCUGGACUGGCAAAGUGGUGUACUUCUCAGCCACAUACCCUUACUUCAUGCUGUUCAUCCUGUUUUGCCGUGGCGUCACUUUACCUGGUGCAUUAGAUGGAAUCCUCUUCUAUAUCACACCGGACUUUGAAAAGCUUAAGGAGUCUGAGGUGUGGCUGGAUGCUGCCACUCAGAUCUUCUUUUCCUACGGGCUGGGAUUAGGCUCUCUGAUUGCUCUUGGCAGCUACAAUACCUUCAAUAACAACGUGUACAGAGAUUCUGUCAUUGUCUGCUGCAUCAACUCCUUCACCAGCAUGUUCGCCGGCUUUGUCAUCUUCUCCAUCGUGGGAUUCAUGGCCAGCGUAACAAAAAGGCCCAUCGCUGAUGUGGCAGCCUCAGGACCUGGUCUGGCAUUUUUGGCUUAUCCUGAGGCCGUCACCCAGCUGCCCAUCUCUCCUCUCUGGGCCAUACUCUUUUUCUCCAUGCUGCUGAUGCUGGGAAUCGACAGCCAGUUCUGCACCGUGGAAGGCUUCAUCACUGCACUGGUUGAUGAAUUCCCACAUAUUCUCAGAAGACGUAGAGAGAUCUUCAUCGCAGUCGUCUGCCUUAUUUCUUACAUCAUUGGACUGUCCAACAUCACACAGGGUGGACUGUAUGUGUUCAAGCUAUUCGACUACUACUCAGCCAGCGGAAUGUGCCUGCUCUUCCUCGUCUUCUUUGAGUGCAUCUCAAUUUCAUGGUUUUAUGGUGUGAACAAAUUCUAUGACAACAUUGAGGAGAUGAUUGGCCACAGGCCCUGUUUGUGGUGGAAGGCCUGCUGGGUCGUUUUCACUCCGCUCAUUGUGGCUGGAGUCUUCUUGUUUAGUGCAGUGCAGAUGGUUCCCCUCACAAUGGGUGACUAUGUGUUCCCAGCCUGGGGCCAGGGGGUUGGCUGGUGCAUGGCCCUCUCCUCCAUGACCCUCAUCCCUGGCUACAUGGGCUACAUGUUCCUCACACUCAAAGGCACAUACAAAGAGCGUCUGCGGAUGAUGAUUAAGCCUUUGGUGCUGGUGAAGGCUCAGGAAAAUGGCCCAGACCAGCAGACAGAAAACCAGAGUCAGAACCCUGCCAACGAGGAAGCCUACAUCUAGAAACUUCUGUCUGUCUCUCCGUCUCAGUGGCCAGACCGGCGAUUUACACAGAAGAAACGUAAUCAAGGUUGGGAACGACCACCAGACUUCCAUGUCUGCUUUUAUUCACCUACCUCCUGGGGACACGUGAGACCAACCUGAUUACACAGUUAUUUUUAGGGGUUUUUCUGUUUGUUAUUUGUAUAAUACAGAGUUAUAAAACUUAUGAGGAAAAGCAAACCACCCAGCAA